AUGCAUUCAGCAAAGUUUUUAGUAUUUUGGGUAACUAAAUCUCCUAAGGUAUUUGAAAAGGAGUACCCCGCAGUCGGUGCUGAUUGGGUAAGAUGUACGGAUUUUACCUCCGAUUCUUCUAUUGGUCAAUCCUUUGCGUACUGUUUGCAGUUUCCCACGCCCGUUUUUACUGAUCAAGUACGUAAACGCUGCAACAAGAAAUUCUCAGAGCACAAACGAUGCAGCUUUGAAUUACGACGGGGGAACUGUUAUACAUCAAGGGCAAACAAACUUGCUCCUGUUAUUGAUUCUCCCUCUGGAAUCGAUUUAACUUUCGAGACUUUGUUUAAACUGAAUUCUUUGGUGCAGAAUGGGACUCUCCUCGGUCCAGCUCUAAGUAUAGAUUUCUUUAAACUGGUCAACUCUACACAAAAGGAUAUGAAAUUUUUAGACGCAUCCUUUAGAAAACUUGGUCUUUCUGAAUGUUAUUGCUAUGACCCUUUUGCUUGGCUCCAACAAGAAAAACUGGAUUGGGUAGACAAUAAAGGGGUUGAUGGACCAUCCCUGGAAGACAAUUUCUAUAUCCAUCAGGUGAAGGUGACACCAACAAAGGUCUAUUUCAGAGGACCAGAGCUCAAAGAUUCAAACCGUGUGCUUAGACAAUUUUCAAAUCAUCUAAAUAAUUUUCUCUCAUUGUCCUUUGUUGAUGAGGAUUUUAAUAAGCUUCGCUCCCUGGAUCUGUGUGCACGGUCAAAGGCAACAACAAAACUAUACGAUAGGAUUAAUAGUGUUCUUCGGGAUGGCGUUGUCAUCGGUAAUAAAUUGUUCGAAUUUUUAGCCUUCUCUAAUAGCCAAUUGCGGGAAACUUCUCUUUGGAUGUUCUCAGAAAGCGAUGAUGGGGUAACGUCAGCAUCUAUAAGAGAUUGGAUGGGUGAUUUUCAAAGUAUAAGGAAUGUAGCAAAAUACGCUGCAAGACUCGGCCAAUGUUUUAGCUCCUCUGUAGAGACAGAGGAUGUUACAACAGAGGAGAUUGAAUUAAUUCCAGACGUCGAGAUCAUUUCUUCUGCAGGGACACUCUAUGUAUUUUCAGAUGGCAUUGGUAAGAUAUCUGCUGAAUUUGCAGAGAUUGUUGCAAAAAAAUGUGGUCUAAAUGAUUUAAUACCAUCUGUUUUCCAAAUCCGCUAUGCUGGGUAUAAAGGCGUGGUAGCUAUUGAUACGAACUUGUCAAAGAAGCUCUCUCUUAGGAACAGUAUGAAAAAAUUCGACUCGAACUGCACUAGUUUUGAUGUACUGGCGUGGAGCAAGUAUCAACCAUGUUUUCUGAACAGACAAUUGAUUACGCUGUUGUCUACUCUCGGAGUCAAAGAUGAGGUCUUUCUAACGAAACAACGAGAAGUAGUGGAACAGUUCAGCUCACUCUUUACUGGUGAUCCUAUAGAGGCUCUUGAUUCAGUGGCUCCGGGGUGGGAUACAAUAGUUCUCAGGCAACUGAUAUUGUCCGGUUAUAAACCUGAUACCGAACCGUUCCUGUCGAUGAUGUUUCAAUAUUUUAUAAAAAACAGAUUGUUCGAACUACGUAAAAAGUCAAGAAUAUCAAUCCAACUUGGCAGAACCUUGAUAGGUUGCCUAGACGAGACCCGUACACUAGAAUACGGUCAAGUAUUCGUUCAAUGUUCGGAUCCAACAUCAGAGUCUAAAAGUUGCAGUAUCAUUGAAGGACCGGUCGUUGUUGCCAAGAUGCCAUGCUUGCAUCCGGGGGACAUCCGCGUUCUUCAAUGUACCAACGUUCCAACUUUGCAUCAUUUAGUAGAUUGCGUUGUGUUUCCACAGAAAGGUUCAAGGCCGCACCCGAAUGAGUGUUCGGGCAGUGAUUUGGAUGGCGACACGUAUUUUGUAUCAUGGGACAUGGAUUUAAUACCACCAGAUACUUUUGAGCCGAUGGAUUAUACUCCAGAAGAAGCUCAAAAUUUGGAUCACGAUGUUACAAUUGAGGAAAUUAAGGAUUAUUUCACUGAUUUCAUUCUAGAUGAUACCCUGGGAACCAUUGCAAACUCCCACCUCGUUCAUGCCGAUAGAGAAGAGGAUAAGGCCUUCAGUGAGAAAUGCAUCCGGCUCGCACGUUUGUUUUCAACUGCGGUUGACUCCCCAAAAACAGGUGCUAAAGUGGAGUUUCCUCGAGAGCUUUACGUCAAGGUUUAUCCUGAUUUCAUGGAAAAACCUGGAAUGUCGUAUGUGUCGACAAACGUAAUCGGGCAGCUGUUUAGAGAGAUUCAAAACUUGCCUCCGCCGAUCCCGAUGAACUCCUCUACUGGUGAUGCGGCCUCGGACUUUUGUGAUGAAGACAUGGUAGUCACUGGAUUUGAGGACUAUGUUGAAAAUGCUAUGCGUUACAAGGAAAGAUACCGGUCCAAAUUACGUCACCUGAUGGAUUUAUAUGGAAUUAAAACGGAGGCCGAGAUACUUGCUCGCAGUAUGGAGCCGUUCACCAAGACAGGGGAGACUGUUGGAAGCGAGGUUCGUUCGUUAAUAAAAGAAGUUUCUUCGUCGUGGUUCAAAGAAUAUGCAGAAGAAGAAGAGGCAAAAGCUGCUUCGGCAUGGUAUCAAGUGACUUAUAACCGUAGGUACUGUGAAGUUGAUGAUUAUUUGAGUUUUCCAUGGUGCAUUUACAGUGUACUUCUGAGUAUAAAGAAGGAAAAGAUGGAGAGUCGCAUCAGGGAUCGCUGA